AUGAAGAACCUGGCUGUAGUCCUGGCAAUAGCCCUGAUUGUAACUGAUCUCACUACCCUGACUGGUCUACCUAUGGAAAGCCUUCUAACCAACCAGAGAUGCAGAUGCCGCAAGCAAACCUCAGAUGUCAUCAGUGCUUGGAAGAUUAGUUUUAUUGAGGUGAUUCCUCAGGGGAUUCAGUGUAGAAGGAAGGAGAUUAUACUUACCCUGAAGAGUAAACAGAAAGCCUGCGUGCAUCCCAAUGCACCGUGGAUCCAGCUAUUGCUUAAUAAGCUGACGCAGAGUAACAGCGUCAGUGCAGUGCAAUUCUUUGACUGA